AUGGAUGCAGACUCUGCCACUGUUGACAGCCAGAGCCAUGGCAAAGCCGCCGUUCGCGACCAACCACCUGACGUCUUCAAAUCGAAUAACCGCCCUGGCGGCGGCGAAAUUAUCUCUGUCCAGCCUGCACGCCUCGAAGAUCUCCAGCCGAGCUAUGCUCAGAUUUUGAACCAUCCUACUCAGAGCACUGACGGCCAUGGGUGGUAUUCCGCAAUCAUCCACGGUCUGGGUGAGUUGAUCGGAUGUCUGGGCGCCAUUCCAUGCUGCAUCGUCUGCCCGAAUCCCUUCAGGCCGGUCGACCAGGGACAAGUCGGCCUUGUUACCAAGUUCGGGCGUUUCGAACGCGCCGUGGACCCAGGUCUUGUCAAGGUCAACGUUCUUAGCGAGAAGCUAAAGACCAUCGACGUCAAGAUUCAGAUUGUCGAGGUUCCGCGCCAAGUUUGCAUGACCAAAGAUAAUGUCACCCUGCAUCUGACCUCGGUGAUCUACUACCAUGUCGUCUCACCGCACAAGGUCGCCUGUGGUGUUGCGAUGUUCGCCAGGCACUCAUCGAACGAACACAGACGACACUGCGACAAGGUGGUCGUGCCUCGUGUGCUGCAGGAUGUCAUUGAGCAGAGAUUAUCGACGAUGUGCCGACCGCCUUGGGGUGUCAAGGUCGAAUCGAUGCUCAUCAAAGACCUCAUCUUUAGUGAUGAGCUCCAAGAAUCUUUGUCCAUGGCUGCUCAAUCCAAGCGAAUUGGUGAGAGCAAGGUGAUUGCGGCUCGUGCAGAAGUUGAGGCUGCCAAGCUUAUGAGGGCUGCUGCCGAUAUCCUGUCUUCCGCGCCUGCUAUGCAGAUCCGCUACCUGGAAACCAUGCAGCAAAUGGCCAAGUCUUCCAACUCAAAGGUCAUCUUCCUUCCAGCUCCCAACCAGACCAUGUCACAACUUCAAGACUCCCUCAAUCAAGCGGACAACGCUGGCGAAGGCCCCAGCCGACACAGCAAUCCAUUCGAUGUCGACACAAACGACGGAUUUCAGCAGGCGAUGAAUGCUCGCGUAAUCGAGAACAUCUAA